ACUUAGAGCCCAGCUCUCCAUCACCUGCCCAAGCUAGGGAGCUCUCCUCCAAACCGCUCUCUGAGUGCCGACCGUGGACACGCCACGCAAAUCAUGAAAGGGCUCCUGCCACUCCUGCUCAUCCUGCUGGGCCUCUGCUUCCACGAAGCAAAUUCCAAGCCCUGCCCGAGUCUUGUUGUGGAAAAUGACCUCUUUAUAGCAGGGCCCAGUUGGGCCCUUAAGAAACACCUUGAGAAAUACGGUGCACCCCAAGAAGCCGUGGCAGCAAAAAUGGAAGUGAAGCAAUGUAUAGAUGGCUUGGACUUGAAGAAGAGAGCCUUACUUAAAGGAGUAUUGGUUAAAGUUUUGGCCGAGUGUCUAUUUCACUGGCAGAAGCAUUGAUUCCUGGUUUCUUUUGUCUUUCAUGGAUCCUCCAAUCAUCACCAUAAAAUGUAGAGGUUUCAAAGUCUUGCUCCAUUAAAUUUCUUGCAUCGCA